UGAGUCUAAACACUUCUUGGCUAACAUCCAAAAAUAUAAUAAUUGCUUCCAAAUGACAUCGUUUGGUGCAACGCAUAUAGUACAAGACGGGUUCAUGCCUACUUUCAAGGUAGUAUACCAUAAUUGUUUUAGUGAAAUUCUAAUUUGUAUUUGUAUCACAAUUAAUUUAACCAGUUCUUAAACAAUUACAGAUACAAGGACAAAUUCAUCACCUACUGGGGGCAAUGCUGCCAGUGCCAGAUGCAGAUCAUAAAUUUUUGCAAAUUUAUUUUAUGGGCAAUCAAGAUGUGGAAGUUGAUACACGUUGUGGUCAUAAUCCAACCGUCAAGCGAAUCAUUGUCCAACAACUGCAAACAUUUCUUCACGAGAAUAAUGAAUUAGUGAAGAUGUUCAAAAUGGCACUGGAUCGGAUGCCAUCAGACAGCCAUAAUAUUGUAAUAAGAGCCGACAAAACACCUGCUGGAGAGCAUGCAAGGAGGUUUAAUUCACCGACAAUAGAUGAAGUGGCUAUUGUCGUUGUUGGAGAGAAUUUGCAAUCAAGAGAUAUUGUACUUCAUCGCCGGAACAAUGAAUUGAAACGUGUAUAUGAAACGCAUAGAGCUUAUGAUGCUUUACAAUACCCAUUAAUUUUCUGGCAGGGAGAAGAUGGGUACCAUUUUAAUAUCAAAAUGGUUAAUCCAACAACAGGUGCUGAUACACACAAAAAAGUCAGUGCCAUGAAUUAUUAUGCAUACAGACUCAUGAUCCGUGAAGGUGAAGUAAAUCACAUUUUGAUGUGUCAACGGCUCUUUCAUCAGUAUGCAGUGGACAUGUACGUCAAAAUUGAGACUGAAAGAUUGACAUACAUCCGUCUUAACCAACAGCAGCUUCGAUCUGAAGAGUACAUUCAUCUUCGCGAUGCAAUCAAUGCUGACGGCAAUGUAAAUAAUGUAGGAAGAAUGACAAUUUUACCGGCCACUUACAUCGGAAGCCCGCGCCACAUGCACGAGUACGCUCAAGAUGCGAUGUCUUAUGUUCGAAAGUAUGGCCGUCCAGACCUAUUUAUUACAUUCACCUGUAACCCACAAUGGAUUGAAAUAAAAAAAGAACUGCUACACAACCAAACACCACUUGAUAGGCAUGACAUCACAGCCAGAGUUUACAAGCAAAAAUUAAAAUCUUUAAUGAAUUUCAUUACAAAGCAUCGUGUGUAUGGCCAAGUACGUUGUUGGAUGUACUCUGUUGAGUGGCAAAAGUGUGGUUUGCCACAUUCUCAUAUAUUAGUCUGGUUGGUUGACAAAAUAAGGCCAGAAGAAAUUGAUUCCAUUAUUUCAGCCGAAAUUCCUGAUGAAACGGUUGACCCAAAAUUGCAUACGAUAGUAACUAAACACAUGAUACAUGGACCUUGCGGAGUUUUCAACAACAGCUCACCCUGUAUGAUCGACGGCAAGUGCUCCAAACGGUACCCGAGAAACUUGCUUGCUGAAACCAUCUCGGGAAUCGAUGGUUACCCAUUGUAUCGUCGGCGAUCAGUUGAGGACGGUGGACGAUCUGUAGAUGUCAAGAUAAAAGGACAAGAUUUUCAUGGAGACAAUAUUGUCCAAUACUUUUGA